CAGUUUGAAUGUAUGUGCCGUAUGCAUAAUGCAUGUUUCUCAGUCCGUAGUCCGUACUCCGUAGUCAGCUGUGAUUUUUCGUCCUGAUUUGCCGCCGGCCUCGUUCACGCAGUUACCUACCUUAUUAGUUCAUUUUCAAUUCCACUCGAACUUCCAUUAGUGAUCGACGUUUUAUUAUAUUUAUUAUAGUACUAGCAGUCUAGUAUAUUCUAUAACAUAAUAUUAUUGUGGGUACUGCGAGUUGGUCUGUUCUUAAGUCGUACUUUACGUCAUAAUAUCCCUACCUACUUGACUUUCAUUCAGACGCUGUACUUUGGCUUCACAUCGUCCGUCAUGAAUAUUGUGCAAAUAGAAACAAAACCCUACGACGGUCAAAAACCCGGCACCAGUGGUCUCCGUAAAGCCGUCAAAGUUUUCCAACAACAAAACUACACGGAAAAUUUCGUUCAAGCCAUACUUAGCGCCGUUCAGCCAUCGGCAGUCGGUAGUACGUUAGUGGUCGGCGGUGACGGGCGGUAUUACGGGCCUGAAGUCGUAGAUUUGAUCAUUAAGAUAGCUGCUGCCAAUGGGGUAAAGAAAUUAAUAGUUGGACUCAAAAGCAUUCUUUCAACACCAGCUGUAUCGUGUAUAAUUCGAAAAUAUAAAGCAACAGGUGGUAUUGUCCUUACUGCCAGUCAUAACCCUGGUGGCCCAAACAAUGAUUUUGGUAUUAAAUAUAAUACAUCUAAUGGAGGUCCAGCCCCAGAAUCAGUUACCAAUGCUAUAUAUGAGUUAUCGAAAACUAUCACUUCAUACAAGAUUAUUCCAGAUUUAAAAUGUUCGAUCGACUAUUGUGGCCAUCAAUAUUUUAAAGUUGAUGAUAAAGAAUUCGAAGUUGAAGUUAUUGAUCCAGUUUCAGAUUAUCUACAGUUGAUGAAAAGCAUUUUUGAUUUUGAUGCAAUUCGUAAACUCAUUAAAGGUUCAGAUAAUAAACCCCCUUUUAAUAUACUUAUUGACUCUAUGAAUGGAGUUACUGGUCCUUAUGUGAAGAAAAUUUUUAUAGAUGAGUUAGGUGCACCCUCAAAUAACGCUGUUAACAUUAUACCGUUAUCAGACUUUGGUGGCCUUCAUCCUGAUCCAAAUCUUACCUAUGCAGAUGCAUUAGUGAAAGCAUUACAGAAUGGGACGUAUGAUCUAGGAGCGGCUUUUGAUGGGGAUGGUGAUCGAAACAUGAUUCUUGGAAAAAAAGCAUUUUUCAUAAAUCCAAGUGAUUCAUUAGCAGUUCUAGCUAAUAAUUUAGAUUGUAUUCCUUAUUUCAUAAAAAAUGGUGUUAAAGGGUUUGCAAGAAGUAUGCCAACAGGAGCAGCGAUUGAUAGAGUGGCGGCAAAGUUAGGAAAAGAACUUUUUGAAGUCCCAACAGGUUGGAAAUUCUUUGGUAAUUUAAUGGACGUUGGUCGCUUAUCACUUUGUGGCGAAGAAAGUUUUGGAACUGGAUCUGAUCAUAUUCGUGAGAAAGAUGGAAUAUGGGCUGUAUUAGCUUGGCUUUCUGUAAUUGCUAAUGUAAAUGAAUCUGUUGAGACAAUUCUCACCAAACACUGGAAAACAUUUGGUCGGAAUUAUUUCACUAGAUAUGAUUAUGAAAAUUGUGAAUCGGAACCAUGUAACCAAAUGAUGGUAGAUUUAGAGAAAAAUGUUACUGAUCCUUCAGUCAUAGGUCAGAAAUUUACAUCUGGCCAAAAAGUUUACAUACUUAAACAAGCUGAUAAUUUUGAAUAUUGUGAUCCAAUUGACAAAAGUGUUACAAUUAAACAAGGUAUAAGAGUAUUAUUUGAGGAUGGAUCCAGAUUUGUUUUUCGUUUAAGCGGUACUGGUAGUAGUGGUGCUACUAUUCGUUUGUAUGCUGAAUCAUAUGAACCUCCGUCUUCAAACAUCUUAGAAGAUGCUCAAGUAGCUCUAAAGCCUCUUGUUCAAAUUGCAUUGGAAAUAUCAAAAUUGCCACAAUUUACAGGGCGUAAUGCACCAACUGUAAUUACGUGAGCAUUAUUUUUCACUUAAUUAGGUUUUACUAAUAAUAGUAGUUAUUUUUUUUAGAAUUUUUACUAUGUUAUUGUUUAAAGACUCUGUGAUGUUCUUAUAUUCUAGUGUAUUUAGAAAAUUGUGUUAGUUUAAUAUAUUGUAUAUUUACCUAAGUGUACUUAUGUAAUAUUUAAUCAUUUUUACUAAAAUAUUUAAUGUAGUGGAUGAUUUAUUAUUAUAAUAUCAUAAUUUUUUUAUUCAAAUUUCAACCUUUACUAGCUUUAUUAUAUGAGUUCUUGUCAAUGUGUAUUUAACACUUAUUAUAUUACGUACUAUUUUAAUAUUAGAAACAAAUAUAUAAUCUAUUCAUUGUCAUUAUUAAUAUACUAUUUUUACUAUUUAUAAUAUUUUUAUUUGUAAUCUAAUAACUGCAAAAUGUUUUUAAUUAUUGUUUAAAUAUUUCAUGUUUUUAUUUUUUAAUAAUAUUAUCUUGGGUAUAUGAUUUGGUAUAAUAUAUAUCUAUUAUUAAUUAUUAGUUAUUACUUAAUAUGUUUAUUACUAUAUUCUUUUGUAGUUAAAGAAUAUUGUCAAUGUAUUAUAAAAUAUCUUCUCUUAAUUUGAAUGGCAUUAUACAAAUAUUAUAAUUUAUUUAUAUGGAAUAUACUUUUGUAUUUAUAAUUUCUGUUACCUCUAGACGUUUUUAAUUAAGGUGUAAAUACAAAAUUAAAAAAUGUACAAACUUAGGUGGGGACCUUGAAAGUUUAUAAUGAUGUUGUUUUUGACCUGUAAAGAGUGUUUGAAACUCUUUAACCAGUCGAUACUGCCAAUAGUUUGUGGAGUCUAAUUUGUCCGAUGGGAAUUUAAAUGCUGACUCAGAUAAAAUUAUUUUAUAAUAAUAAAUAUAUUAGACUAUUAAGUAACUUUAAAAAAGAGAUAAAGUAAAAUAUUAUACAUAGAAGAAUUGUUUAUAUAUGUAUUUUAACGUUAAUAAGUAAUAUAAUUUUAUCAUAUAUCCAUGUUAA